AUGGCUAGCCGUGUGCAGUUGGUGUGCGUCCUCUGCGUGCUGUGCUGCUGCUGCGGCGGCGAUGGCCACGCGUCGGGGACCCAAAUGGUGCACAAUACCGAGGGCUGGAGGGCAACACCGUAUAAUAUUUGGUACUUUGUUAUAGUGGGUGAAUGCCAUGAUGAACAUAAAGAUAAAACUGCGAAUAUGACGGCAAUUAAUAAUUGUAUUUUUGAGAGGAUCAAUAAUAUUUAUGCGUCUUUGUACAAUAUGGACCUCCGGAAACGCAAUGCCAAUGAUGAUGCUGCUGCCGCGCCCUCUUUGGCUGGGGAAAAAAAAACCACGUGCCGCAGGCCGCGGGAGGUGAAGGAUCGCCGGCGCAAUCAGGAGCGGAGCUCCAACACCCUGCGAAGGUGUCGCAGUCACAAGUCCCACAGGAAGUUGAGCAGCGGCUAA